CUUCUCUCUACUUACUACUUCUCUCUUCAAUUGCUGCACAGUCGAUCUGCUCUUUAUUAUAGAACGCAUAGUAUACCAUUCUACAGUUACAGAUUCAGCAUACUGAUCGGUCGCUAUUUCGCUCGCCAUCAUGGAGUCGUCGGUUCAUCACAUUACAACCUCGUCCAAGGUUUUGCUGAAGAAGGCGCGCAAUCUGGUGCCUCCGAUGCUUGAGAAAUUCCACAAAGGACAACAGGGACGUGUUGCUGUCAUCGGAGGAAGUAUAGAUUACACAGGGGCUCCCUACUUCUCUUCAAUGGCGUCGGCUAGACUGGGAUGCGAUAUGAGUCACGUAAUUUGUGACAAGUCUGCUGCAGUUGUCAUCAAAACUUAUUCUCCGAACCUUAUGGUUCACCCGAUACUGCCAAGCAGCGACAACGUCAAAGAUCCCGAGUCUAUUGACGCCCCGUCACUCGCUAGUCCCAUCAUCUCCAUGCUUUCCCGCCUCCAUUGCCUAGUUAUUGGACCGGGUCUAGGUCGCGACGGAGUCACACUCAAGGUGGUCACGGAGGUGAUGAAGGAAGCGCGGUCCCGAUCGAUACCGUUUGUACUGGAUGCGGACGGUCUGCUCCUUGUCACGGAGGACCCGGAUCUAGUGAAGGGCUACAAGGAGUGCAUUCUCACACCUAAUGUUAAUGAGUUCAGUCGUCUGGCGAAGGCCCUGGGCAUUGACGUCCCCAGUCAGGCCGAGAUUGGCUCCAAGUCUGGCGCCGGCGACAAGACUAGCGAAGAGACUAGGGCUUGUGAACAGCUUUCUCAGGCUCUGGGUGGCGUUACUAUCAUUCAGAAGGGUCCUCAUGAUAUUAUCUCAAAUGGUGUCACCAGCAUUGUCUCCGACAUUCAGGGCGGGCUGAAGCGGAGUGGUGGCCAGGGAGAUACGCUUACUGGCUCGCUGGGCACCCUCUUGGCCUGGAGGGCGGCUUACCAUAACGGACUAUGGGAUUCGGGAGAGCAGGACAACAAGAAGGAGGCUGAGACCAAGCAAGAUGUUCAGGCGGAGCUAGAGUCCGAGAACAAGAGGAUGUCCCCUGCCACGACAUUGCUUCUUGCGGCGUUCGCGGGAAGCAGUAUCACGAGGGAGUGCUCUCGUCGUGCUUUUUUGGCCAAGGGACGGAGUAUGCAGGCUAGCGAUCUCACCGAUGAGGUCCAUGAAAGCUUCCUGCAGCUGAUUGGGGAACCAGAGGCGUCGAAAAUGCGCUUGUAGGGUUUAUUUCCGAAGUGAUCGGAAUGUUCGUGUCGAGAUGUAUAGGAAUGACAUAAUGAAAGGUUAUUUAUAGGUUUAAAGUAUAUCUAGGUAGUGGAAGUUCUUUGUC